UAUUAUGUCAAAUGAUGAGUACCUAGUUAUAAUUAUUUAGUUGAAUGCCUACGAGUCUAUAAAUAAAUUAAUACGAUAUAGGUAUAGAAGUAUAAUGUUACAGGAUAAGUUUUUUAAGUAUUUCCAGUAAACAUCUAGGAAAAUGUAGUUGAAUUAAAUUAUAAAUGUUACAUCAUUUUUUUUAUCGUGUCUUUAUAAGUAUAGAAUAAUAAUCGAUUGUCAAUAGCACUAUUUAUGUAAGGUUAAAAAAAUCCUGGUCUAAUAUUAUUAUGUAAUAUAACGUAAUAACUGAAGUAUUUUACUCUUAUAAUUUAAAAGGCCCAAAUAAAAAAAUUUAAAUUUGUAUAAAUCUUUUAUUCUCCCUGAUAAUGUGUGUCUGUAUGCUCUGUUCAUUAGUAAAAUAUCAUCUAUGGUAAAAAAAAAAAAACAGUAUCUUAAACAUAAACAGAGGUUUAAAUCUAUGUUAUAGUGGCAUAGCCAUUAUUUUACAAACUUUUUAAACAAUGAUCAAUAAUUUAACUAUUUCAAUUAUAAUAAUGUAAUCGUAAAUCAAUAUCAUUCAGUAUUAAUUCUUUAAUUCAAUUUUAAAGUUGUUCAAAGGAGUUAAAAGUUGUCUUAGUAUUUAAUUAAAUAUAGUUGUUUUUAAGAAGAAAAAAAAUGGCCACACCAGGGGAAUUUGACGACAAUUGGGUGGAAGAAAUAUUCGCUAAAUCUGAGUCUGUAAUUUUUCAUAAGAUGCAGAAUAUUAUUGAAAACAUGAAGUGUGUAUUAGAGUUAAAAUCAAAAAUUAAAACUUCUGAAGAACAAGGAAACAAAUUACAAGAAUAUGUAAAGAUGUUAAAAGAUAUGAUUCAUAAAUCAAGUAACUACCACACAUUGAUUUCAAACAUUAAUAGUGCAAUCAAUGAAUUGGAAAAGUCAAUAUUGAAUAUUAAAAAGGAUAUUGCUGUUUUGGAAUUGGAAAAAAAAAUUGAAAUGAAAUCAACUGAAGGAAAUGCAAAAUUAGUGUUGAGUAUGAAAAAAGUAUUAUCAGAAUUAUAUAAUAAAAAUUUUGAUUUGCUGUUACAAAAAGAAAAUAGAUUGCUUGAAUUGAAGAACCAAACAAAAGAAUUUAAUGCCACACAUAAUUUAUCUAAGGAGAAACAGGAACUAGAUUGUUAUAAAAAAGAAUAUGAUAUGCUAAAAGCCAAAAAUAUGCACCUCAAAGAAUUAAUAUCGUUCAGCAUUAAACAACAAAUGUAAAAUGUUUGUCAUUUCAAAUAAUAAAAAUAAAUAGUAUAAAAAAAAAUUCAGA